CCCAUAAAUUUGUAUUCGACCGCUUACAAUAUUUUGUAUUGAUCUGCUAUGUAAAUCAGCUGGCAGUGACUAUAAACAGUGACGCGUGUAAAAUGCUCCUUUUCGGCGGCAUCGGCGCAAUUUCCCCCAAGAGGUCGGCAAGCAAAAGAACCUCCUGAAGUAACACACACACACACUCACCUUCCCGUUCUUUGUGUUUGUGCUUUGCUAUCAGUCUGUGCGUGUGCAUAAUGAAAUACGCACAUACGGUUUGUUGGACUCAAUCUCUGUCUGUUGCUGUCAAAAAGCCACAAAGCUUAAACUAAAGCGAGUGUUUAAGAUUUGAUGUACAAGAUCUUCUUGAAGCAACCUUCUCAACCAUCACAGAUCAUUUCAACACAAGGCGAUGAACGUAGAGCUUGCUCAAGGAAGUGUCCGUUCACGUAGAGGAAGGGCAGCCGCCCCUCCUGGUGCAAAUGGAGAAGUGGUAAACACAAACGGAGAACAUGCUGAAGAUCAGGAACAAGUACCACAAAAAGCACAACAGGAACAGCCAAUAUACAAAAGCGCUUACAAUGCUAAACAAGCAUCUCCUGCAAAAGGCCUUUCGUUUCAAAGAGAUAGCCUACUGCUUCUCUUCUUGACAGUCGGUGCUCUUGUAACCAGAUUUUACAAAAUUUGGCAUCCCGAUCAAGUCGUUUUUGAUGAAGUGCAUUUUGGAAAAUUUGCCGCAUUUUACAUCAGACGAGAAUACUUUUUUGAUGUUCAUCCUCCAUUUGCUAAGCUACUGUUGGCGUUUGCUGGUUGGCUAGCCGGUUUCAAAGGUGAUUUCGAGUUCGAGAACAUCGGAGACAAAUAUGUUGCUGCAGGUGUUCCGUACAUCAAAAUGAGAGCUUUACCUGCCAUCUUGGGUGCUACUCAAGUACCGCUCGUCUACGCGAUCAUGAGGCAGACUGGACAUGCUCCUACAAUUGCUGCUUUUUCCGCUCUCUUGCUCCUAUUCGAUAACGCACACAUUACGCAAGAUCGUCUGAUCCUCUUGGACGCCGCUUUGGUCUUCUUUGUCACGUUCAGCCUAUUCAGCUACGUCAUGUUUUACAAGCAAAGGUAUAAUGAAUUCUCAUUCAGAUGGUGGGCAUGGAUGUUUGUUACCGGAUUUAGCCUGGCAACGACGAUGAGUUGCAAAAUGGUUGGACUUUUGACGAUCAUGAGCGUUGGUACGGCAGUUGUGUUUGAUUUCUGGAAUAUUAUGGAUAUCAAAAGAGGAAUCUCUAUGCAACAUAUCGGUCGACACUUUCUUGCACGUACGUUUGGAUUGAUCAUUUUUCCCGCUUUUGUUUAUCUAUUUUGGUUCUGGGUGCAUUUCGCAAUUCUGAUCAAAAGUGGUCCCGGUGACGCUUUCAUGACAUCGGAAUUCCAGCAAACGCUACAGGGUAAUCCAAUGCUGGCACAGGCGAGAGAUAUCCACUGGUUCGACAAAAUCGCAAUGCAGCACAAGGGAACUAGCGCUUACCUUCAUUCUCACACUGAAAAAUAUCCUCUCAAGUAUGAUGACGGACGUAUUUCCAGCCAAGGACAGCAAGUGACAGGCUACCCGUUCAAUGACACCAAUAACAUUUGGCAACUUGUGCCUGCAAAUGAACAUUCGUAUGAAGGUGAAAGCUUUGAUAUGAAGAAUGAAUUGCAUCGCCCUAUUCGACACAAGAAUGUUGUUCGACUCUUACACGUCAACACGCAAACUUAUUUGAUGGCACACGACGUUGCUUCGCCUUUGAUGCCAACAAAUGAAGAAGUAACAACUUGGCCAGCAAAUGACUCUACACGUUAUGAAGACACUUUAUUCGAGUUCCAACUAGACGGAAAGGGUGAUGGAACCAAAUGGAAGAGUAAGAGUGGUUGGUUCCGUUUGAUCCACGUGCCAACAAGAGUUUCUGUAUGGACACAUACCGAAACACCUCUACCGGAAUGGGGUUUCAAUCAACAAGAGGUGAACGGAAACAAGAAUGCUUUGGACAAGAGUGCAGUGUGGUUCGUUGAUGAAUUGUACCCUGACGAAACUCAAGAUGAUUAUGAAGAGCGCAUAAAGCCAAUAGCGCCUCGUCCUGUCACAAAGAUGCCGUUCUAUAAGAAAUUCGUUGAAUUGCAAUUGCAAAUGUUGCAACAAAAUGCACAUCUGACCCAAUCACAUCCUUAUGCAUCCUCCCCGAUCAAUUGGCCAUUCGUUUUGACCGGAAUAUCGUUCUGGACGGAUAACGAUACACAAAGGCAAAUUUACCUUGUAGGAAAUGUUGCCUCUUGGUGGGUGGCUGUUUUGAGCAUAAGUGUGGUUACCGGAAUCAUGCUUGCCGAUACGCUGGCACGCAGGCGAGGACAAUACCCUAUCGAACCUUUGGUACGAAAUAGGCUGUUCAACGCAACAGGAUUCUUUUUGAUUGCUUGGGCAUGGCAUUAUUUACCUUUCUUUUUGAUGAACCGUCAAUUAUUUUUGCAUCAUUAUUUACCCGCUCAUGUGAUUGGAUGUUUGGUUGCCGGAAGCGUUUUGAACUUUGUCGGAAGUGAAACGAUUGAUGCUCCUGCAAGUAAUCCGGGUGGUUUAUUGUAUACUCGUGGCUUUGCUGCUCCAAGACAAAAUAUCGUUCCACGUGGUGUCAAAGCAGCAGCUGGUGUGAUUAUUGGAGUUGUCGUCGUUGUUUUCUGGCAUUUGGCUCCUCUCACGUAUGGCGAUCGUACUUUGACGCAAGAUGAAGUAGAAGCAAGAAAAUGGCUUCAAUGGAGUCUUCAUUUCGCGAAAUGAUUUCGUCGAAGGACUUUUGCUGCAUUCAUUCAUUGCUAUUCGACACAACUCAAAACAUUCAUCAGGAUCUGGUUCUUCGGAGAAACCCCAUUUUUUUUACAAAUUCUUUUCAAAUAUUUCAAUGUACUACGUGAUUUUGCAUUAAGAUUGAAAAUUCAACGUUUUUGAUUAUAUGUCUGUUUAUGUGUGAAAACGAGCAAAUAUUGAACAAAAGAGAUCCAUUCGUG